AAAGUGAUGCGUUUGUAGGCAAUUUUUUGCAAUCCUUUUCAUUCUUGCAUCCGUGCUGAAAGCCUUCACUCCCCCCUCUGCCUUUUGUUUCCGAGGUGGAGCCUGAUACACCGACUUCUUCAAACUGAACUGCCGGCGAAGCAGACGGACAAGAUAGGACCGGCACCAGCAGUCGGUGGCACAGAUCUGGGACGCAGCAGAUCGAAAGGAGGGACCAUAAAGGCAGUUGCAAGGAAGAAAAAGGGAUCUUGUGGAACGCAUUGUACGGUUGAAUCAUUUUACAAAUCGGCCACACGGUACAGCUUCAAGAAAGAUGAAUUAUUUCAUCCUGCUGUCGCUUUUUGCCACGAUUAUCACCGGAAAGUCACCUCGGCUGAAAUUUGUUCUGCACGAGACCUCCAGGUUCCACUUCAACAAACCUGAGAACUACAUCAGCAUGUACCACCAGGAAGGGAGCGACACGCUGUAUGUGGGCGGCCAGGCGAUGAUCUAUGUGUUGACGUUCACUAACAGAGGGGUCCGCAACCUGCAGAUCCCAGCGGCAUCUGACCAGACUGCAAUUGAUACCUGCAAGGCAAAGGCUGCGCCACUCGAGCUGGAGUGUGAUAAUUUCAUCACCGUCAUUCAGAAAGUAAACGACACAAUGAUAAUAUGUGGAACUAAUGCUGGAAGCCCCAGGUGCUGGAUGCUGGUAAAUGAGACUGUGCUGACUGACGUCCAGGGCAACGGGCAGAUAGCAUCAGCGUCUGACAUCUCACCACCCUACCCUUCCCAAAAGUCCAUCAGCUUGCCUGCAGAUGGGAGUCUGUAUUCUGCUAUGUCGUCGGUGGCAGGUCACGUCGGCUCGAUCCGCCGUACGUUUGGACCCCAGAAGCUCCUGAAGACGGAGAACGUUUGGCUGCUGAAUCCGCAGUUUGCCGGUGCAGCCAUAAUGCCGUCUACACUGAAGUACAAGGAGGAGAUCUACUUCUUCUUCAGCGAGCUCAACAAGACAGCCAGAGUGGACGAGGAGCCUUACAGGGCACGCAUUGGCCGAGUCUGUACGGUGGACGAAGGCGGCAUCAAAGCCCUGCUGGCAGACUCAUGGACCACAUUCAUGAAGGCCCGGGUCAUGUGCGGCGCAGGAAACACUCAGCAGCAGUACAACAACAUGAAGCAGGCGGUGGUUCUGACAGCGCAGGACAAGAGGGCUGGAGUCCUGUAUGGCCUGUUUUCCAACGCAUGGGGUAGAACAGUGAUCUGUGCCUACUCCAUUGAAGAUAUUGACCAGGCUUUCUCCACAUCCAAACUGAAGGGCUACAGCAGUCCAUUCAUUGGCAGUCGCCCUGGGAUGUGUGUCCGCAAAAACUCGACAGCAGGAGGUCACAACGACAUCAAAAACCUCGGGGUGAUCAGAUAUCAUCCAGAAAUUGAGGAUGUGAUCCGGCCUGUCGGUGUGGCUCCACUGGACCUGCCCACAGAUGACCAAAUCACACACGCUGUGGCAGACAUCGUCCUGGCGGUCAAUGAUGAGCACUACAGCGUCCUGUACCUUGGAACAGACCAAGGCAAAGUUCUCAAAGUUCUUCACAGUAGCGAGGGGGUCUUCAUCAUAUCUCAGUACUCUCUGUUUCACAAUGAGGGCCCCGUUCUCAACAUGGCCAUCGACUCCCAAAAGGGACACCUGUACGUUGGUACAGCGAUGGAGGUCCAGCGGCUGCCACUAGCUGACUGCAGUCGCUAUGGCGACACGUGCAGGGAGUGUAUCCUUUCCCGGGAUCCGUACUGCGGCUGGGACAGGGCCAGGAGGAAGUGUAUCCCAAUCCCGCCUGGAUACAACGUCACCACAGGGACACUCAUUCAGAAUCUGGACCGUUCAAACUCCUCGGUUUGUGGGGAAGCUGCUGCUUUAAAGCAGCGUAGCACUUCCCCCAGAGAAGUGCUGGUGCAGUCCAACACCUCCAUUUUUCUCCCUUGCCCCGUGCGCUCCUUCCACGCCUCCUACCGCUGGGUGAAAGACAACUGUGUCAAGAACUAUCCCUGCCUCUUCUCCGGAGACUUCUGCGUCCUGGGGCCGGCUAUUGACACGCCCCUGAAGGAAGGCGUCUUCCGCUGCAUAGCCACCGAGGACGGAUUUAAAGUGGAGGUAAUCUCCUUCAGGCUGGUGAACGACGGCAGGCUCCUGGCCGCCUCCCUGGCCUCCACCUUGGGGCCGUCGAUCCUGCUCGCCAUGGCUACCCUGUGGCUCCAUUAACUGCAGCUACCGCUAAUGCUAACCCCUCAUCCUUACUGGCUCCCAAUGACAGGAAAGACAAGGAGCCUCUGUUAGGAGGUUAGGUUCGCAGAGCAUUAAAGUAAAUGGUUGGGUUGGACAGUGGAAAUUCAGCUUUUUUAGAGAAAGAAUCCCAAAAAAAUGUGAACGAGGGAUUAAUUCUGUAUUUUUUGCAACAUAUCUGCAGCUGUCUUAAAGAGAUCAGAACUCAAAACAUGCUUUCAUUAACAUUAAGACUAAUUACUGUCCAUGAAUUGACUUGCGAGUUCGAUCAACCGUAAUUAGGUGCUUUGCGAAACUAUCCUCUCUGACUCAAAACAUAUCGUAUGAGUUGGGCAAAAAAAACACCAAUACCAGGCCAAUUCUUUUUACCAUUUCUCUACUUAUUUUCAAAUUGACUUGACUGUGCUUAUUUGUGAAUAUAUAAACCUUUAAUACCGCUCUUACAUUGAAUCAUUCAUGUUGUUAAACCUUAUUGCUAUAGCUCAUUAGUACUCAUCAGUACUUAGAAAUGUCUGGUAUUGAGAUUUAAAAAGCCUUAACACUUCUGGGACAAACUCCUAAGCACAAUUUUGCAGUCGAGGCAGAAUACUCGGUUGGACUUGGCGCUAUAAUUAGUGCCGCUGAGUCUAACAACAUCGCUGGGAGGAAGUGUCAGCUUUUUGACAGGAAGUAGGCGGAUGGGCAAGAGCUCAUUCUCGAACAUCACUGUGUCUCAGCACCUCCUCCUCAGACGAGGCAGUUUCUUGCAACUUUUUAUCAGAUGGUAUCAGACAUCGUCAUUACGCCUUGUUCACAGCUUUGUCCGUGUUUUUCUCUUUAAAUGCCAUCGUCUUUCCUCUCCAGAGCAUCAGAAACAAAACACUUAACCCUCUGAGGUCUAAGGGCAUUUUCUCAAUUUUGACAUAUCUCCUUAAAUUCACCUUUUAAGGGUAUUUGCAUAUGACUUGAUGCCCAUGUGUUUCACAUCAAAAUGUUCAGAACAAAUUCAGCUUUCUGGAUAGUUGAGCCUCAAGUUGUCCUAGUGCAAUGUAUAAAGAGAUCAUUUGGCCCUAAAGCUGAAAAGUUGAAGUUCCCUUUUUUUUGUACUUUAAAUGAACAAUUCUUUUGUUGCUUGAAUUGAGCUUACCAAAGCCGACGGAAACUUAAGUCCUCCAUUAAAUACCCAAUAAAAGAACGCAAAAGGAAAGAUUCUGCUGAUUCUGGAAAUAUGUAAACCACAUUUCUGCGCUGUAUUAUUGCUUAAAUAUUAAAUGAGACAUUGAAUAAACAUUUCCAUGGACUCGCCAUGCAUUCAUUGACCUCAGAAGGUUAAACACUAAGGAGCAAACCCCUCAGAAUCUUUCAACAAAGGAGCCUCAAACAUAAACCAUAAAAUAAUUAAACCCAUCUCUAACAAUCAACGUGAAGGUUUAAAGCAACACUAUAUAACUUUUCCCGCUUCGGUCCCCCUACAGGUUGGAAGCAGAAUUGUCCAUUACAUUACAUUGUCCAGUUCAUUCGAACUACGGAUCCACUACCCGAUCUGGCAAACUUGCAUCCAACCUGUAGGGGGACCAAAGCGGGAAAAGUUACACAGUGUUGCUUUAAAAUCUGGGUUUCAGUUUGGUCUUUUAUUGUGCAGAGACGGUGGGUAAAAGUUAUGUGAAACAGCACUGACUUUUUGCUAAUACCGAGUAUGUUGUCGGCAUGUUCUUGGUCCAAAAUCCCAAGUGUCCAUAAGCUUUUCGGAAACACAAAGUGACAAAGAGGAGCUAAUUUUCUGCAAAUGACAUCCAAUUUCUGUUAACCCAACAAUGCGUAAAGAUGUGAACAAGGUGUUGCGCUAUAGCAAUUUCAAUAAACACACACUUACAUUAUCAUAAGGGCAGAUGAAGCUAAAUGGAACUGCAUAUUAGGCUUGCAUUUUAUAGUUUGCUUGGAGAAAAAAAGGCUUGUACUUAGAUCCGUGAAGUGUGUUCUGUAUUUUAUUGCUCUGCAGAUGCUGAUUUCUACCAUUGCUGCCUAUGUAUGUUACACUUUUUCCUGAUUGUUUGGGUAAUUAUACCAUAGUUAGAACGUGAUAUAUAACCAUUGACGGCUUUGCCUCUCUUCCCAGGGACAUCGGUGCAAAUAGACAAGAAAAUGGUUUGUGUUUGUCAUACUUGUAUCUCUAUGCUGUGAAACAAAAGGCUUGACAGAUUCCAGUAAUACUGUAUGCUUCACUGAUGGUCAGCAGCAACCACAACCAGCGGCGAGAGCAGUCAUCAGCAACCACAACCAGCAGUGGCGUUAACAUCACGCUAUAUCUGCAGGAUCGUCCUUUAACCUCUCUUUAAAUACUACACUUUAUUAAGACCAAAAAGGCAGAUUAAAGCUGAAUGUAAAGAGAAACAAGUGUUGUGAAUUUUGCUGGAGUUCAAUAGCUCUAAAAUGCCAGAAGAAGUAUGCUUUGUGCGGUGAUGAAUUAUUCAGCGGAUUAGCAUGUUCUCCAGAGCUUUGAGAAUUAUCAUUCAGUAGUGUUACAUAGGCCGUGCUGAGGAUUUCACAGUGGCAGAGAUGUCAUUAAUAGCUAAUUUGACAAUGGAGCCGGCUCGUCAUGCAAAGUAUUAAAGAAUUUAUUUCACACCGUCAGGGAUACGAGCAUCGAGCAUGUCCCCAGCUGUGAAAAAUCUUGAGGUAGUGUUGUGCUUCUCAUUCUGCUUGGUUGUGUGUUGCUGCUCUUCGAGCUGCUUGCUUUCUGCAUUGCACUGACUCUGGAUACUGACUGUGCCAAGAAAAGAAAAAAAUGAAAAAAAACAAAGCUAUGUUGAGCCAACGCAUCCCCCCCCUUGACGCGUCUUCUUAUGUUCAUUUGCAAAUUCCCUCGCUCCUUACCUGGCAUAAUAUUUUGUCCCAGACAAACUGUGCACAUGUACAAAACUGGCCAUCCGUUCAACCAAACUCACAAACACAAACCAACUGCAGGUCUAACAUGCAUAUUUAUUGUCUUUGUAUUGCCACCAGUGUGGGAAAUGAACACCACCCACUGGCCAAGUGCUGGUAAACAUUUAGUAGAGGCUGUUGUGAUGAUGCCAGAGACCUCUGGCAGGAAGCGUACUCAACAUUCACAGAUGUGCUCAAGGCAGUUUCCUGUAUAACCUUCUUUAUACUGUCACUAUGACUGCUGUGUAUGUGUCGUUGUGAUAUAUCUCCCAAAACUGUUAUCACAAGCCACAAUUUCCAUUCAUGUAUUUUUAUCUGCAUUUUGAAAAGCUGUAUGGAAACUGCAAAAUUCGAUAGAACUUUUUCAAUUGCGGAAUAUUAUAUACAAAAAAAGCUAUUGCUUGCUUGAGGUGGAAAAAGAGUUGAAGCUCUUAAUUGGAUAUGGAAAUGCCUUUGCCGAAUACGUUCUGACCUGUUUCUGGUAUCCGCGUAAUGCUGCGUGCAUUAGAAUCAUUGAAUUAAUUAGUCUUUGUCUCUGGACAGCAUUAACAAUACCAAUACUAGCUGAAAUGAAAGAACAAUUAAAACUUGCCCAAUUGAACCAAAUUCCCAGAGACCUCCAUUUUUCUCUCGGUGAUGGGUAAGAUGGCCAAGGCGACUUGUUUUAUUUCCGGUUAGCAACCUCUACUUCUUCUACUCUACUAGCUUAAAGCGCCAACUUCUGACCAAACUAAGCUGCAGCAAGGUUUAUUUACUCCAAACCAGUUGAUAGAAACAUACCUAAUUUGCAUGUCUUUUUUGCGACGUUUCAAAGAUUUGCUUAAAAUUCGGUUGAGAAUUGAAUGGAAACACGGCUUAGGAGAGGCCUAUGCUAACCAAUAAUGGUAAUUAUGCAACAAGCUGGUAUCAUAAGGUUAUUCACCGUGUCCCAAGUCCAUACUAUGUCCCUAGUACAUACUAUAUACCUGUAGAGAACAGAAAUAUGACAGCAUUUGUUCAAACGCUAAAAACAACCUACUUUAUAUUUAUAUUACCAAAGGUAGAAGUAGCAUGAUAAUGGAACUCCUGCAAUAUAGAUAAGAUAAAAUGGUUGUAUUUGGUAGUUGGUGGAUGGUGUACAAAGCGUGGGACUUUAAGAUGGGAGACCAUGCUUCACAUCCCAUCGUCUACCAUCAGUGUGGUUUUUUUUUAAAUGCACUGACACGGGUCCCCCCUAACCCUAACCCUAACCACACUAAGGCUGUGAUCUUUCCUCAACCUUAACCAAAUAGUUUUAGUUGCCUAAACUUAACCAAACUUUCAGGAUAGAGGUGACUCUUUUCCAAAUACAUUCACAUGUAUAUGUAUUCAUUUGGCAGAUGCAUGUUGUACAAAGGAGCAUGUCUAUGUUAUAGUUUGGAUUUGGGACACAUAGAAUAGGUGGAAUCAGGCUUUCAUCGUUCUCCACAGUACGCAGUCGUCAUCCUCAACUCCACAAGGCUUUGCUUCAAUAUCAACACUUUUCCAGCCAACGCGUGGAAUUAAGAUUUAUAGCAUUUAUAGCAUUUACCAAUAAUUGCCGUCUUCAAAUCUCCGUUAUGUUCAAGUCCUUGCUUUGAUAUGGAUAUUCACACAGCCGCUUUAUCAAAAUUCAGUUAUCACUCACUCACAUCCGUCAUCGUCAGCGAGUCCGUGAAAGGCUAAUCUCCUUCAAAGCAAGCUCUUGAUUUGCCUUCAGGAAACCAAUUUAAUGUAUCACGCUAUCUGCUGUAAACGAACUGACGUUGAGUGUAGCGGGGUUGCUGUCUUGUUUGCUCUGGGUUUUUUUUUAGUUCAAGUACUGUACAUGAUGACGUGUGCCCACGAUUCUGUGUCUUGAUAUAUCUAAUUUUCGAAGUAACAUGCCAAACUCUAUUAUUAUUAAAGAGAUUUAUAUUGGUGCCAUGCCGGUCUAAUGCCAUCUCAUAACAUGUAUUUUUAAAACAACAGAUAUCUAUAGAUAUUCAUGUAACAAACCCAUAUUGACAUGUGUUUCCCUGAACAUGUGCGUUGAAUAUUAAUAAAAUACAAGUAUA